GGUGGGUUUGGGUGAAAAUAAACAAUCUAACCUCACUUUCUGGCGCUGAAAGUGUUUUCGUCAGAGUUUCUGGGGGAAAAUGAGCGAGGAGAAGUCUCUUGAGGAGUUGGCAGUGCUGGUGGCGGAAAAAGUGAGUCUCGCGGAGGAUCUGCUGAAGACAUUGUCCUCUGUGCGACAUGUCGACGGCGUGGCGAAGCUGGAGAAGAAGAUCAGUCACGAAAUGAGCUUCCUGCGCACGCACCUGAAGAACUCCACCAUCGUGGAGAAUCACAUCCUGUGCACCAAUUUGACGCACUACGAAGUCGUUGUGGCUGUUUUAGCAACGUGCAAGUCUGCCAAGCAAUUCGACUUUCCACUGGCGUCCGGAAGCAGAAGAACGCCGCUUCGGGUGGACAUUGUCUGUGACAAGGGAAUGUCGUGGCUCAAGAUCUUCGCGCGCAAGAGCAAAUCCAUCAAGGAUGCCGCCUCUGGCCAGGGAAAGUAUGGCUCCAAGAGCAUUCUCGAUCAUGCUGAUGAAUUUCUGGAAGUUGCAUCGGAAAAUCCCAUCAACUUCCGGAGACCAACGAUCUACUUCGUGUGUUUGCAUCCGCUGGACGACGGGCUGGUGUCGGAGCUGCAGAAGAAGGGAAUUGUUGUGAGAAAUUUCACUCCCGGACAAGAGUUUUCCACCGAGGAAGCGAAGCAAUCGCAUUCGCUGCUCAAUCUCGAUAUUACAACACUUCUCUGCCACGUGAGUUCCCAGACGAAUGGCAGCUGCUACUGGGAGUUCCACGAGGCCAUCCUCACUGAGCAGGCGAGAUCUGAGCGGAAGAAUCCGCUGAAGGCGAUCCUGGAGAAGUUCUUCGAGGGAAAGCGACUGAUUUGCUGUGAAACGGCUGCGAAAUCCUUCCGGGAAAUUGUGGAUCUCUUGGGCGGUCCGGGUGAGAAGGAGCGCACGGAGGAGCUCAUGAGGAGAGUAGAAGUGCUGCCGGAUGUCACGGAAAUCCCCGAAAAAUGGAGAAAUCUGCAGAUCAGAGGGAAAAUCAAGCCGAGAAGCUUCCAGAUCUUCAUCUUCGGCAUGUUCCACAAUGCUCUCACUGUCACAUCGAACGAGGGAUUCAUCCGCGCUGUGAAGACUCAGGAGGGCAUCGAGAUUCCCGCUUACAUCCACGAAGCUCGCGCUCUGACGGAGCUCAAGGAGAAAACGGCGAAGAGAGUUUCUGAUCCACGAUAACUUUGUGAUUUUUAGCGCGCUAAUGAAGUGAUGUGAAGUUG